AUGGCGCUUCUUGCGCUCGUUUGUAGCGCGGCUCGGCUACAACCGUCCCAAGUGGCGGUGCUUCAGGAGUGCGAGGCAGUGUGGAACAUGACCGGUAGCGGGUGGACGGCAGGCGGAGACUGCAUGCUACCUCAUAGUAUCGUCCAGUGCAAUGCAGAGGGCAUGAUCACGCGCCUGUACCUAACAGGCAUAAAUCUUAAUGGCACCAUCCCCACCAGCAUCGCAAACCUCACCGCGCUCACUCUCUUCAAGUUGGACGAUUCAAAUGUUCGCGGGCCUUUGCCCACUGCACUUUCUCACCUCACUCGACUUGCCGAACUCACCCUACAUAUGAACAACUUGACCGGACCCAUUUCCAUCCUGCAUCACUUCAGCUUUCUCACCUACCUAGACCUCUCCGAUAAUCAGUUUGAUGGGCCCGUCCCCUCUUCCAUCUCCCAGCUCUCUCUUCUCACGCACAUAAACCUUAAAUCAACCAAGAUUGCAGGGCCCAUUCCCUCCACCAUCUCUGCACUCCAUAAACUCGAAACUUC